UAAAACAACCAAUCACAUUGACAGAUUCAGCCAACUUAUUUAUUUUCGUCUUGAUUUUCGUAUUUUUUCAUAAAAAUAAUGAAUAUUAUAAAAUAAAUUCGAAAAACAUAAUACCAAAUGAAGUCCAGUGACAAAUGAAGUGUUAAUAUGGCACUGAAAAGUUAUAUCAUUUACUCAACUUUGAUUUUCGUUUGCGCUUUGGCUCAGCAUCAUGAAGACAAGAGGUGCCGAUGUGUGUGUCCAAGCCCUGCUGCGGUACUCAACAGCUCUCUCAGUACCGACAGAAAGCUUUUCAUUGCCAAUGUUCCACCAAGUCAGUGUAACUGUGAUGGUGUGAUUUUGCCACGGGUUGGCGAUGAAAUCAAGGGCCAUGAGCAAGAGUUCUGUCCACGCUGUGAGUGCAAGUAUGAGAGCAGGAACACUACAGUCAUUAUGGUGGUUGUGGUCAUAGUGGUUUGGCUUACCACUAUGCUGUUUGUGUACAUGAUGUUCCUAAUGUGCCUGGACCCCCUCAUCAAUAAAAAGAAAGUGAAGUUGUACCAGGAAUACGAAUCGGAAGGAGAAGAGUCACGCAAUCUAUUAACGCAGGUUGAUGAAGGUGGUGAAGACUGAAAAUAGAAAGUAAUAGAUGAUUUAAAAGCUCUACGAGUCUUCGAACAAAGAUAAUAUGAUGCUAUAUUGUAUACGGCAUAAAUUAAUACAUGUUGAGAAGUGUUCCCUGUCCAAUCCAUGAACAGACUUUAGAGCCACACAGGGCAAAUUUUAUUAAAACUAUUUUACAAUAUUACAAUAGGUACAUGACACAAUUUUGAAAUAUUUUGGCAAAAUAUUUUUUUAGCUUUUUAUAUUUUUUUAUACCUAAACUUUGAUUUUUUUAUAUUUAUAUAUAUUUAAUUUUGACUGUUUGGAUAUGAGAAUAACAAAAAAAAUAAUGGUUGUGGAAAAGGUAAACUUAUUGCCUGCCAAUAACAGUGUUAUAUUAAGAAUUCAUAAUAAUAAAAAAGUCUGUUGUUUUUGGAUGUGACUUAAUGUAUAUAAUUAUAUUAUUUUUAUAUUUGGCCCACAGUCAAGGUUAAUCAGUUUAAAAGUAAACAAGGAAUUUCAUUAUUUAUAAUAGGAUAGUUGACAAAAUAAUAUCAAUUAUAGUUCAUUAUAGUUCAUUUUAGUUCCAGAAUAAACAUAUAUAAAUACAAAAAUAAAAAAUCCCAAUUCACUGAAAAAUUAAAUAAUUACGGCCAUCUGGGGCCUGUUUAAUAAAACUUACAAUUGUAAAUUACAAUGACAAUUUGAUGUACAUUGCGGAGUGUGUGAUCACAAAUAUUUUGCAGUUUCCUAUUAGCUACGUAAUGAACACCAAAUUGUCGUUGUAAUUUACAAUUGUAAGUUUUAUUAAACAGGCCCCUGAAAUCAAGUUGUUAGAAAGAAACGGCAAUAUGAACGCGUGACAUCACCUGUUUCUAGUGCAAAGGUACAAUAAGCUAUGGGACCGAUCAUCCAGCAUCACUGACUGAUGUCUUCGGUGUUAGAUGAUAUAUUGACUUGGUUCAGAUUAAUCGUUAGCAUGUUCACGUGAGUGAACAAUGAAGAAAAAGAACCCAGCCAACUUCCCUAUUAUGUAUUGUAUUACAGAGAUGGUUUCUCAAUGAGGGAUUUUCCAAUCGACAUUCCUCAAACACUAUAGAUGGCGUUGUUCACUUUUAACGUGAUAAUUACUUAUUUUCUCUUUGCUGUGGUACCUAAUUGUUAAAAAAUGUAAUGUAAUGGCAGAAGCAUAUUUUUCAUUCAUUACCAGCCGUAUGACGCUCAGUGCUGGGCAUAGGCCUCUCCCAAGGAUCUCCACGACGAUCGGUCCUGCGCUGCUCGCAUCCAGCGGCUUCCCGCGACCUUCACUAGAUCGUCGGUCCACCUUGUAGCGGGCCUACCCACUGAGCGUCGUCCGACAGAAAGAAAGAAGUGUGGCAGAAGCAUAUAUAUAUAAAACGAAUUGUUGCUUGAUAUUUGGAUCACAUUAUGUAUAAAAUGAUGUUGCUAUUGCUUCUCAUUAUUUUGAUCAGAAAAAUAAUGUAAGUUGUAAUUGUACCUCGUGUAAUAAAAAGGGUCAUCAUUUAUACCCAAAAAGAAAGAUAAAAGAUGCAUAUUAUGUAUGUAAUCCAUGAAGUUAGAAGUUUAACGAAGAAAAAAUUGAACAACGCCAUCUAUCGUGUUUUUGGGGAAUGCCAUUGGAAAAUCCCUUGUUACCAUUGUUGUCUGAGGAAUUGUUUUUACUUGUUGUAUUGUUACCUCUGGUUGAUAAAUGCUCAAAUAUUAGUGGUUCAUCAAUUUGUUGGUCUACAUAAUUAAUUUGCUACGCUUCUCGAAGACUCAUAUCAUAAACGAUUUAUACAAAAGAUUGCAUUUUAAUUUGAGAUAUAUUAUAUGAUAGAUAACCUACACUCAGUGGGUGGAUGGUUUGAAAGAAAGUGACGCCUAUACAGUAUGUCCCGUAAAUGAUGGAUCAACUGUAAAUUAAAGACAGCUCAUUUAAUUAUCUAAAACUAACUUGUUCCUUAGGGCUGCCAAGGUAUUUUAAUGCUGUAGCUAAGCUACAAUUACAUGACAUUUUUGGAUCGUGUUUUCUGAAUUAUUUUAAAAUAGUGUAGGUACGUACCUAUUCAACAAAGUAAAGGGCUAUGAACCUUUCUGGCAUAUCUCAGUGGCGCCACCUAGCGGAUUUUUUAAAACUGCGGCGCACGAUGAAACCUGUGCAAAUCGAUAGGGGACACUUGUCUGAACAAAAAAGCUUUAAUGGACCUAUGCUCUAAAGUGUCACGUUUUCAAGAUAUCUAGCUUGAAAGUUACGAAAAGUGUCGUAUGGAUAAAUCGAUUUUACUAUUUAUCUAUAUACAAUCGUAAUAUAGUGACAAAGUGAUUGAUUAUACAUGAAACAUUAUUUAAUAUACAACAUAUUUAUCUUAUUGAAAAAAUGAAAUUAAUAAAUACUUGCAACAACAUUAAUGGUUUUUGUCUUUGCUACAUUAUAUAGGAAGUACAUAGGUACUUAACUGUGCACACCUUAUCUAAGGUUACUAAUUGCAAACUGAGUUUAUCAGUUUGUGUUAUGUAUGAUAUAGGCGUCAUUUACUCCUUAACUUGAUUUUACUUGACACAACGAUAGGAUCUAAUGAAAUAUAAAAUAAAGUUUACAUUUUUAUAAACGCAAUGCGUUUAGUGCGGCAUCAUUAGUACUCGUUAAAAAGCAGAAUUCUCGAAGUUUAAGAAAUCUGUGUAAGAGAAACAAAAUGGUGUACUUAUUAACUGCCAUUUUGCUUUCUCGUUUAAUUCCAGGAACUACGAAAAUGGAGGUCCUUUGUUUAAAGUUGCACGAAUUUCUAUUAUUUCGGCGGAAUCAACAAGGAUAGCGAAUAGCCAUACAAUAAGUGUGAGUGAGACAACAUCAUACAAUAAAUACAAUAGGACGAUUGGCAGCCGGGUGAACUUUCAGUCAGUUUGCCACUUUCAUCUUCAACGUGCGCACGCGCUUUUCUCUGUUCUGAGACUCUAUCCUGUUCAUUCUGUUGUAUUUGUUACCACUGUUGAGUUUGUUAAUAUUCCUCUUGAGUUUGUUAGUAUUUUUGUUGACUUUGUUAGUGUUAUUGUUGAAUUUGUUGUUGUUGUCUUGGCAAGAUGUCCAGUCAUGUUGGUGCCAAGCAAUGUUUUUUGUUGUGGUGUAAGCACUGUUCGUGGCCCGCGCCGAAGAUCUCGGCGUCCUAUAUAGUCUUACUUGACAAAUGAAGAUUAUAUUGCUAGGCACCCCAACAUCCUGAAUUAUGCUCGCCACUUAUUUGACGAUCGAGAGCUAAGUAAUCUUAUUUGAACAUUGCAAAAAUUAAAAAUCUCAGUAUGCAGUGUAUCUGGUAUCUAUAUUAUAGUCCCUGGUCAGUAUAAUACAUAAAAUGACAAUGUAUAAUUCGGCUCGUUUCUCAAUCGUGCUUUUCAUAAUCGAAAUGUCAUAUGAAAAAAAAUUCGUGUAUGAAAAUAAUAUAUAUCCUACUUUAUCGAAGCUCUCAUUAUGUAGCGUCUUAGACGGAGUGUAAUCAACGCAAAACAUUUUUAACAGAAAGUCGUCAACUUAUCUCUAUUAUAAUUAGCCAGAGAUAGCUCUUACGCCAAGCGUAUCACUUGUGUACCAGACUUACGCUUUCAAUAGAUUUUAUAGCCAACUAUUACCACUUAAUUAUGUAUAAUAAAUGAUAUUUGCAUUUUUUGUAACAGUAGAAAGUAAUCAGUUCAUAUUAAUGCAAGCACAACGGUAAGGCUGUUUUUUCAUCUGACAUGUGCUACGUUGCUAGGUUUAAUAUCCACCAAUCAGAUAAUUGGGUCUGAUUCUGAUCGGCACAAUGAACCCGAUUGUAGGGUAUGCAACGUAGCAUCUAGCAUGUUACUGGUGGAAACGCAGUCUAAAUGUGACGUACUUACUUCAUUAUUGAUGGAACAGUAUUCUUAUCGUUUCCAGCUAACUACGCAAUACCGAAUAUGCCACAUUUAAAAGAGGAAGUGAGGAUUGCUUGCGCCCUAAUAAAUGCCUUUGGAAAACGGGUGACAGAUCACCCACUCGUAAAUGAAAUAAUCAACGAUAUAUACCUUAAGCACGACGCCCCAAACUAUCUGUGCGAGUUUGUAAUACAAAACAAUUUAAAUCAACGCAGAGCCGCUUUCCAAGCUAUGAACUCAAGUGAAGGCUUUCAACAGUUUCCCAUCUUAUCAUAUGAGGAUCUGUUGAUAAUGUGGUAAGCUACUAUGGCGAACACCUAAAAGAAAACGGAACGUUUUUCAUUGAAGUGUAUGAAGAUUUUGAAGUUGACUAUAAUUUAAAUCAAUACAACAUAGUAGUUUGUGAUCCUUGGCUGACAAGAGCUAAAAUACUCUCGAGGCACCAGAGCAACAGAAUUUAUUUUGUAUAUAUCUUGCUAAAUAAUAGUUUGAAAAACAGAAAUAAACUUGUCGGUCACUAUUGCAGCUGUAUAGUUGGAAAACGGACACUCGGGUGCUGUGCUAAUGUCAUGUGCAUAGUUUGGUAUAUGGGAUGGGCUCGGCACCAAGCAAUUCAACCCCCUGCUGCCUUUUUAGAUCAAGUUAUUAUUUCUGAUGAAGAAGAAGAUUGAUUAUUCAAGAAGACUGAUAUUCAUUAUCCUAAUAGGUACGAAUUUGUAUAAAAAAAGCCUAUUUGUUAUAAGUAUAUACACUGUAUGUAUUCAAUAACAAUUAGUAUUGAUUUCAUUUUAAGCAAAAUAUAAAUAACUAUAUGACUACU